AUGGAGAUCUAUCACUCUCAAGAAUGGGCCAGGGAUGAGAAGUAUUCGUCGUUUUGGGCUCACUACAUGGCCGUUGAGAAGUGGCGAAAAGAUCAUGCAAAAAUGGCCGAGGUUGCUUGUCGAGUGGUUCGUGGCAAAACAAAACCCUAUCAGAGAAGGAGGACAGGAUCUCAUCAUGUUUCCAAAAGCAGUCCGGUAAAGAGCAUGCCUACGAAAACGGACGCCGAAUCAGCUGCAACAGAAAAUGACGAUGUAGUGCAUGAAAAUAUUCCGAGGACAUCAGCGCCUGUUGAAGAAGAAGAGAUGUCAGAAGAAAUGGUUGCAUUCUUUAGGAAAACGAUAGCACAUCGAAAAUCUCGUGAGUUGAUUGUGCAACUCUACUAGUU